CUUGACAUUCUGUUGCCUGUAAAUAACACAUGUUGUAAUCGGAGAGGAGAUAAAAAAUAAAAGGUGGUGAAAUGCACAUUUUCCGCAGUGUUUAGUGCACUUAGAGCGACUUUGGCCUAGCCGCGCAGGCAGAGCCUCGGUGUUUCCUAACGCACUUACACCGCUCAACUGAUUGGAAACCCGGAGUGACGUCUUCACGUCAGAAAUGUUGGCGCUUGCUGGUCAAGGACAGCUCCACCUUUUAAUAACCACACCAUCGUCCUGAGACAAGAACCCGUGUUGACUCAGAAGAAAUGGCAUAUGAGGAGCUGAAAGAUAUGGGGGUGGACGGAGGCCUCGUGGCUGGUCGCAGUCAGAGAGAGAAGAGGAGGUCGUACAAAGAUCUUCUGCGAGAGGAGGAGGAGAUUGCUGCCGAGGUACGAAAGUCCUCUAAGAAACGGCCCAAGGAUGCAGAGUUCUUCAUGGUGGGGGGUGAGUUGCACAAAAAGAAGAAGAAGCAUGGUGAUGACUACUACUACAUGGACCACGAUGGGUCCGGUCUGCCUCCCCACAAGAAAAAGCACAAGUCUGUCGACCGCUCACCCCCCCUUUCCUCCCCCUCAUCGUCACACCCAACAGACACGGCCAUGGGCCUCCUGCAGGCCAUCACCUCUCCCCUGGCCACGGGGUCGGACCCCAACCCCCACCUGCACAAAAAACCCUCCUAUCCAUCCUUCUCCUCGCACUCCUCCAAAGACCGUAAACGAGAGGGCGGCGGCAGCGGUGGAGGCGGAAGCAAAGGGAGCCAUUCCUUCUCGCACUCCCGCCCUCUGUCUUCAUCAUCUUCGUCAUCAUCUUCCUUCAAAAAGCACUCCUCCUCCUCCUCCUCCUCGUCAAAGUCGUCCCUGUUUCACGGCGGGGCUCCCAAAGAGGAGCCCCUGACUCUACGCGAGGCUGACGGGCUGAAGAUGAAGGUCAUCAUGUCGCCGGAGAAGGAGGAGCCGGCGAGCUUCCCGAUAACGCCGCACUCAUCUAAAAGUGGAGUGAAGAAGGAGAAGGACAGAGAGAAGAUGCAGCCGGCAAAGCCGCCGAAGAAGAAGCUGCAGCACAGCAGAGACCCGCUGCCUGUAGUGGGGAAGGAGGUGGAGGUGGAAGGUCACUAUGGAGGCGGCAUCGGGGACGAGAGCUCCUCGUCUGGGGCGGAGCUGGAGGCGGGGGAGCUGGUUAUAGACGACUCGUACACGCACCUGUCGAAGAAGAAGAAGAAGAGUAAGAAAAGCAAGAAGAAAAAGGACAAAGAGAAAGACCGAGAUAAGGAUAAAAGUGGGAAGGACAAGAAACACAGCAAAGGAUGUGGAGACUCGUCCAGAAGCCACGGCCACUCCCAUCCCACCGUCACCCACAGUGCCGUAGGUCCGAUGUACGCCAUGAGCAAACCCAUUCCUCCUCACCAAGGCAACGAUGGAGCAACAGAGAAGAAGAAGAAGAAAGACGACAAAGACAGAGAAAAGCACGAGAAAGACAAAGAGAAGUCCAAGAAGAAGACCACAACAGCGUAUCAGGUGUUCUGUAAAGAGUACCGGGUCAACAUAAACGCCGAGCAACCAGGGCUAGAUUUUGGGGAGCUGAGCAAGAGGCUGGCAGAAGUGUGGAAGGCCAUGCCAGAGAAGGACAAGCUGGUCUGGAGGCAGAAAGCUCAGCAUCUGCAGCACAAACAGAACAAAGCUGAGGCCACUACCGUCAAGCACAAAACCUCCAACGACGCCAAAAGCAAAGUUGUAGGAAUGGCGGCAGGAGUGGUGUCACCAACCAGAACCCCGGGUGCCAUGUCCCUGUCUCCAGCUCGAGUCCCAGAUGUUGAUCCCAUCGAUGCGGCGGCUCACCUGCAGCUGCUGGGAGAGUCCUUGUCUCUGAUUGGCCACCGGCUGCAGGAAACAGAAGGGAUGGUGGCGGUGUCCGGGAGUUUGUCUGUCCUCCUGGACUCCAUCUUGUGUGCACUUGGCCCGUUGACCUGCCUCACGGCGCAGAUACCGCAGUUGAACGGGUGUCCGCGACACGUCCUGUCAAACACGCUGGACAACAUCGCCUACAUCAUGCCCGGACUGUGAGUCGACCCGAACGCAGAAGACGGUCCAUCUGACCAAAGGUCUCCGUUCCUGGAGAGAGACCCCUAACUGAAGCUGCUGCGUAGUGUCAGAAUAUUUCUACUUUCUACGUGUUUUUAACGUGUAUUUUUAGAAACGUGUCUUAUUGAGCUGAUUGCUGAAUUUUUUUAAAUCCAACAUUUCAUCGGACAUCUUCUGACGCCUCGGUUUGGUCUGGACUGUUUCUGUACAGCAGCUUGUUUUAUGAAUGAAUGAGUGUGUUAUUUGGCCACUAAGUGGGAUUGAAAGGUGAUUUUUUACCAUUUUAAUGUGUUUCUCUGUAAAUAGUUACUACCUUGUUGUAGACGCCCUACAGGACUGACGCGCUAACGGCUAGUCUCAUGGGAGACCGUGACCAUGAGAACAGAGGGCAUGGUAGCACCUACUGAACCAUAUGUGGAGAACUGGAAUGAAAUCCAGGAAGCAGCGGGAACGCUGGGUCUACAUGUCCUGACAUUAAAACAUUCAGUUUCUGGUGGGAAUGGCUGAUGGAGCGGCGGCAGCUGCUCCUGAUGGUCCUCAGGAUUCAGGAGGCUAUGUAGGGUAGGACGGUGACUCUGGCUUUUACACGGAAACGCUUCAAAAUGUGGAAAAAGACGUCUUAACUGUUAAUGUAAAGUAUUAUUCCUCAUGCGUGUUUUAUAGGGUUUUUACAUUGUGUAAAGUAUUUAGAUUUACAAGAAAUUUGAAAGGAAAAGAACGCGUGUAACAUAAAAGCCCGCCUCCAUCUAA